GGUAUCUCGACUGCCUGAAAGCUUGCAAGAAUUAGAUUUCUUAGACUUGACCAUGUCUGAACGAGCACAUUAUUGUAAGUUUGCAUCAACCGUGCUUUCUGUCAUUGGUUCCGCAGAUCGUUUGUUUUGCAAACCAUCAGAGUGCUCCCAGUCACUUCUCCAGGUCUUAUGGACUAGGUUAGAGUCAUUCACACCUGCUGAGUCUGAUGUGAUCAAAUAUGCAACAGUUAGAGAGGCAUACUCAGGUAGACCAGAAGAUGUUGCAUCAUACCUUAUUGAACUGAAGAAAGAUCUUUGCAUAGGUCAGGAAGGCUUUCCAUGUUAUGUUGUUGUUGGGGGGACCAACAGCUCUAUGCUAUCAUGAAGAAUCUAAAACGUAAAGAUCUUGACACUUUUGAAUGGCUUUUUCCUGUACCUGGUGAUUGGCAUUUUAUCAAAACGGUGUCAGAAGUUCUGAAAAGUGUGUUAUGGGAUGGAGGGUUUCACGAUAUAGCAGCAAAUUGUGGCAUGAAGAAGGAGGUCUCAAAGUGGAAGGAUAUACAUCGAAUUCUCAUAGCAUUACUAGAAGCCCUAAUGAGAGCAAUUUUAAAACAUUGUCACGAUACGGGCCUUUUUGACAUUUCUGAAGAUCUUCAGGACUGGGGAAAAUUUGAGAUCUGUGUGCAGAAAUUGUGCAAAGGGAAAAAUGAAGUUAGCCAGUUCUGGUGUAAUUUGCUUCACUUCCUAAUGGUCUACUUUGCCUACUAUAUGGCAAUUAGAUCAGGGAACUGGGUCCUUCGCAAUGCCUGCAUAAAACAGUCCUGUGACCUGCUCUUUGCAUAUGCCCGUGAUAAAUACGAGGUCUUGGCUGUCCAAACACUCAGUGAUGUACUGACAUACCCUACUGCCAUCAUCCAGCAAUUCGAGCAAGGACACUGGACAGCGUCAAGAUUAGGUGUACCAUUUCAUAAUCAAGCGCUAGAUGAACUGCAUGAGACUGAAAUCAAUUGUGGCUUAAAGCAAGUUGUGUCUAGACCUUCCCACUUUCAGAUAGUUGAACUUAGCAAUUUCCUAGCCUAUCUGGAAAAUGUGGUGUCUUGUUUUUGCUCUGAUGUUGGCAAAACUCGGAAGUCAAAAAUAGUGCACGACACUCACUUACCAACUAUUGUGACAGAUUUGGUUGAAGAAUCACUUGAUUUGAAAUGUCUUGAUGCUGUUGAGUUGCAUAAUGUGUUUGCCCAUUGUCCCAAGUCACUUGACAAGCCAACUAGGAGUGACCUGCUAGACAUAAGAAAUGCUGGUAGGAGACGGUUGGUUUCUUAUGUAAGGCAAUAUGCUUUAUGUCCUCCUACAGAAGUUCCAGGAAAACGCAGUAGACAAAAACUCCGGACGUUUACCACCCGUACAUCGAUUUCAAGAGAAAAAGCUAAAGUGCAGAAAGCUACUCGUUUGCUGGAAAAUGCAUAUGCACAUGUAAUUUGUAGUGGAGUUGCCCUUGCCCAGACCUGUCCAUUACCACUCGCAAUAGCAACGGGCAAGGGUGAAAUUCGCCAACGACCCAAAAGUUCAAUCAGACUAGCGUUUGUCAGGGAUCCUGUUUUGGCACCAAUCUUUGCUACUACAUGCUCUCUUUUGACAGCCAAUCAAACUGCAUUUGACUUUGUUAUUGACUUCCUUCGGGUUCUUCAUCAGCCCCCUCCAUCUCAAGGGGUAUCUCUGCUUGAAUUUUGUCAAUACAUGUGGCGUCAAAUUGUUGUGAAAAUGGGAUUUUUGCGAGGGGCUGGUAGGGUUACUAUUGUCAUCGACAAACCAGAAUUUCUGCCUCCCCCUAGGCAAUUACUUCAUUCAGUGAGGCAAAAGAAAGUUGGUGUCGAAAGCAAGUCAUCUUAUCAGUUUCCAUCACCGUCUGAGAAAAUGCCUCUUGGCAAAGAGUAUGCCUGUGCCUUGGCAACACCAGAUUUCAAAGCAGGCCUGAUAGAGUUUGCUGCUGAAACAUUCAUGCAGUUAGCUACGGAAGAGCUUCAUGUUGGACAGUCUGUUUUGAUUGACUCUCCGUCUUUUGAGCAACCAUUGUUGCUGUCACCUGUGGGUAGGUGUGAGAAAUUACCCAAAAACCAGAAAGGGGAAGGGGAUCAAGGUGUAUGGUAUCACACUUGUAAGAGCCCCUUUUCUGCAGUAAUAGUGUUUGCUCAUGAUACGGACAUCUGGAUGGGUGGACUGGCAUUAGAUGAGCUAGGAUAUUUUUCUGACAAGUUGGUAUAUGUUGAGCUAAGACCAAAUUCAGAAUUUGUUACCAUAAGUGGAAUAUCAAGUGUUAUGAAAUCUCACCCUAAUUUGCAAAGUCUGUCACACCCUGCUGCAUGUCUUCUCGCGGUGUACACUCUCAGUGGUACUGACUAUGUCAGCUCAUUUUUUGGAAUGUCACAUCACGCUGCUGUAAAACGGUUUUUGAACAAUAUUUCUUUUAUUUGUUCUGACCAAGAGUUGGUCCUAUUUGAAAUGAGGGAAGAUGGCUAUUUCGAAUUCUGUUCCUUGUCGUUGCCUGCGUGUAUUAAGUUUAUAAUGUGUUUGUACUAUGACAAGCACAAGUCUGUCUUUUCCAGUCAGUCUGCAUACAGCUUAGCUCUGGCUCUCAAAGAUGCUCCUAUCCCUCAUGAGCUUGCACUAGUUUUGCAGUGGUUAGGAUAUGCUGUAUCAGAGAACAUGACCGUAUCAACAGUUCGGCAGUGGGUUGAUUUAUUGAGACGCCUGACAUUUCAUGAUAGUAGUGGAGGUCAGAAUCAUGAAGCCAAUAUGAUCCCAUCCUUGCCUGCAUUGCACCAGCAUGUACUGCGUGCAGAGUAUGCCAUCCGGUUGGUAUAUGAGAGUCGAGAGGAGACCUCAUCCUUCCUUUCGUGUACUGGCUCUGGCUGGUUGAUAGAUGAAGGUGGCUCUAUUUCUGUUUUGUGGGAUACCAGGCAUGAUCAGAGUAUUUUAAUAAAUGUUUCCUACAGAUGCACCUGUCAGACAGGCUGCAGUGGCAGCAGGGGAGGAUGCAGAAAUUGUUUCCAGCAAUGUAGGCCUUGUACCACUAGAUGCAGAUGCAGAGGCAACUGUAGAAAUCCUCACAACGGAUAUGGCGUGUGCCCUAAAUGCAAAGAAACUGUAAGAGAGGAUGACUUGCAGUUAGGCUGGUCUGAUGUUGCUGUCAUUUCAUUCGAUUCAGUACCCACACCCUCUGAUAUCGAUGCUUGUGCAUCACUACCACUUCAGGUUCAUGCCCAUGCUGAUGAUAUAGAUAGCAACAGCUCAGACACUGAUUUAGAUUUGGAAUGGGAUGAUGGACUGUCAGAAACUGCAGUAAGCCUACAUGGGCAAACCCUUCGUCUGCCCGAGCAUUUUCCCUCCUAUGGGGACAUGGGCCAGAGUGAACUUCAGGCAGACAUUUCUGAUGUCAGUGACGAUGAAGAGGACUGA